UGUUCAGGGGUGCGAGCGGCUGGGACCCGGGGGCGCGGGCCGUGGGUAGCGGCCGGCGGUCACCUGACCGGGGGGGAUUGUUUAAAGGGACCGAGCGGCAUCCGGGCUCUCCAGCCGGGAAGGGUCGGGUGUUCUGCCCGAUGCAGCUGCAGCACCCUUUCAGUGCCCUCGGGCACAGUGCCUUGUGAAUCUGUACAGAGAACCGGAAAGGGAAAUAGAUUCUGCUUCAAAAGUGUUGCCAUAGAAAUCACAGAAUCAUUUCGGUUGAAAAAGACCUCCAAAAUCAUGGAAUCCAACCUGUGACCCAUCACCACCUGUCAACUAGACCAUGGCACUGUGUGUGCCACAUCCAAUUGGGAUUAAUGCUGUUUGACAAACGACUGACUUUAUGGGGAGCUGGAAGUUUGGACUCCGUGGCAUGGUAUGGCUAUUGGAGAGGGGAAGCAGGAGUUUCUUUCCUCCGCCCUCCCAGAAUGGUGAACACACAUAGAAGAUUAUCAGAACUCUGUAGAAUUUGCAUUUGGUUUGAGAGCUUGUGAAAGUGUUCAUCAUGGAGAAACAGCAGAUUGUCUUGACUAGCCGGGAUGGUGGGACUGUGUCUGGUGCAGCGCCUGCUUUCUUUGUCAUCUUGAAACAACAGCAGGGAAAUGGAAAAGCUGACCAAGGAAUCCUAGUAGCAAACCGUGAUGCUUGUGCUCUCGCCAGCAGUGUGGCAAUUCCAGUCAAACCCAGAGUGAAGACCUGCCUCCCAGCUGACUGUGUCUCAGGGGGCAUCACUGUCACCCUAGAUAACAACAACAUGUGGAAUGAAUUCUACCAUCGCAGCACAGAGAUGAUCCUGACGAAGCAGGGGAGGCGGAUGUUUCCGUAUUGCCGAUACUGGAUUACAGGGCUGAAUUCCAGUCAGAAGUACAUCCUAGUCAUGGACAUAUCCCCUGUGGACAACCACCGAUACAAAUGGAAUGGCCGUUGGUGGGAGCCCAGUGGGAAGGCAGAACCACAUGUUCUAGGACGAGUGUUUAUUCAUCCAGAAUCCCCUUCCACUGGCCAGUUCUGGAUGCACCAGCCAGUAUCCUUCUACAAACUCAAACUUACCAACAAUAUCCUGGACCAGGAGGGUCACAUAAUCCUGCAUUCUAUGCACCGAUAUCUGCCACGACUUCACUUGGUGCCUGCAAACAAAGCCACAGAAGUCAUUCAGCUUAACGGCCCUGAUGUCCAUACAUUUACCUUUCCACAGACAGAGUUCUUCGCAGUUACAGCCUACCAGAACAUCCAGAUUACCCAGCUGAAAAUAGACUACAAUCCUUUCGCUAAAGGGUUCAGAGAUGACGGGCCGAAUAUUCGGCCUCAGCGUGAUGUGAAACAGAACAACAACUCAGAAUUGGAAGGAGGUGAUGUUUUUAGCACUCCUGGCAUUUGUGGUCGCCCUGCUGAAGUUGACGCAUUAGAUGUGCAUCAGAAAAGUUUAGAUACUUCGUUCAUUAGUCAAAACCCAUCAGACAUUGAGCUGAAUAAAGAGUCCUUUAAUGCAGAAGGAGACUUCUUGGGUCUCCUGGACAGUGACCUGCCUUCAGGUGUUAUGCCAAAGCUAAAACAAGAAGUCUCUGAAAGUCCCAUUGCUAGCAGUUAUGAAAGCAAUUCCCAUGUGGCAUCUCCAUUGGACCCAAAUGGACACUUUAAUGUAGUCAUUAAAGAGGAGCCAGUAGAUGACUAUGACUACGAGUCAAAUAUUUGCACACAAGGAAUAACUGUGAAACAGGAAGACACAGAUGAAGAAACCGAUGAAUAUUCCAACACUGACGAUGAUGAUCCUGUUGUACAAAAACACCUAAUGAGACGCCGUGAAACAGAUGGGAUUGAUGGAGAAUUCACAUCUAGGAAGCGUAUGCUAACCAGUCUUUCAGGUGUUGCCAAAGCAAAAAUGUUAAAACUGGACAGUGGUAAGAUGCCUGUGGUCUAUUUGGAGCCUUGUACAGUCACAAAGAGCACAGUGAAGAUAUCUGAGUUGCCGCAGACCAUGCUUUCCUCUUGCAAGAAGGAUAAAUCCCCUUUGAGCGCAAUCCUGGAUUCCUUGCCCCCUGUGUGUUUCGAAAAUCACAAAGACUCUUGCUCAGGCACAGUCACUGUGCCCAAGGAGUUAGUUAUGAAGAAAGAAUCUCCUGGGAGUAAAAUGUCACAGAAAUACUGUUCAAUUAGAGAGGCCCAGUGGGCUCUAUCCAAAUCACCUAAUUUUAAUCUCAGGGGCUCAGUAAGUUGUGACUUUCCAGAUAAAGAGAUCUGUGGCAGAAAAAGGCCUGGCAUAGUGAAGAACCCUAUGUCCCUCAAAGGCUCUGGUAACAAUCAAAGCACCCUAUCAUCAGUUACAAAUAAAAGAGGAAGGCCCCGGAAACUGAAAAUUUCCAAGGCUGGUCGACCACCUAAAGGUAUAGGGAAAAAUGUAGUAGCCAGCAAGAACACUUCUCUGGAGCCUGGGAAUAUCCUUCCAGAUGUUAAACCGGACCUUGAAGAUGUUGAUGGUGUUCUUUUUGUGUCCUUUGCAUCAAAGGAAGCUCUUGACAUUAACACUGUUGAUAGAGCUGGUGGAGAAGAGUCACAGAAUCUUCAGGCUCCCCUGUUGACUACAAGUGAUCCAGAUUGUCAAGCAAGAAUACAAGCACUGGAAAAGGAGCUGAUGGAAGAGCUAAAGACCUUGAGGCAUAAACAAGUAAUACAUCCUAGCCUUCAGGAAGUGGGACUGAAGCUGAAUUCUGUGGACCCAACAAUGAGCAUUGACUUGAAAUAUUUGGGUGUGCAACUUCCUCUUUCCUACUCAAAUUACUCUUUGUGGAGCUAUCCAGGUACCAACCCCAAUUCUCCAGAUACUGGAUUUUCUUUUGUUUCCAGGACAGGAAAGACAAAUGAUUUCACAAAAAUCAAAGGCUGGCGAGGGAAGCUUCAUGGUGCUUCUAGAAAUGAAGGUGGCAGUUCAGAAGGUUCAUUGAAGAAUCGCUCAGCGUUCUGUAGUGACAAGCUGGAUGAGUACCUGGAAAAUGAAGGGAAAUUGAUGGAAACAAGUAUGGGAUUCUCGUCUAACACUCCCACUUCUCCUGUGGUAUAUCAGCUUCCCACUAAGAGCACUAGCUAUGUUCGAACACUGGACAGUGUUCUAAAGAAGCAGUCCACUGUAAUUCCAUCAACAUCUUACACAUUGAAGCCUGUCCCUCCAUCCUCUACCUCUAGGAAAACAAAGACUCAAACUAGACAGGCAUCUACAAACAGUAGAGUAAAAUCAUCUUACAAACCUAUUUUACCUUCACCUUUUCCUCCAAAGCAGAAACAGAUCUCAUCAGUAUCAGGGGAAAAGGCUGCUAAGUCUGCUAGCAGUUUGAGUAACCAAGCAGAUGGUUCUGUGCUGCCAACUGUGGAUGAAAAUACAUUUCCAAAACAGAUCAGUUUGCGUCAAGCACCACAGCAUCACCAAGCACCUCGUCCACCAGGUUUGUCUAAAUCUCAAGUGAAGUUAAUGGACUUGGAAGACUCUGCUCUCUGGGAUGGGAAACCACGGACCUAUAUUACAGAAGAGCGAGCUGACAUCUCCUUGGUAACCCUACUUACAGCUCAGGCAUCUCUUAAAAGCAAACCUAUCCACAAGAUAAUAAGACGACGAGCACCUCCUUGUAACAAUGAUUUCUGCCGACUGGGUUGCAUAUGUGCCAGUCUGGCACAGGAGAAGCGUCAGCCGACCCACUGCCGCAGGCCAGACUGCAUGUUUGGGUGUACCUGCCUCAAGAGAAGGGUCUUGCUGGUGAAGGGAGGAUCAAAACAUAAGAAAAUGAUGAAAAAGGCUGUGCGUGGAAAUCUUGUACUGUUCGGAACACAAGGACAGCAGCAAGAGGAUGAAGACGUGGAAGAAGAGGGUGAUGGGGAAGAAGAGGAGAUAAAGCAGAAGGAUAGGAAGAAGAGAAAAAGGGUGGAAUACACUAUCUGUGAUUCAGAGCCAGAACAACCUGUUAGGAAUUGUCCAUUGUGGGUGAGGGUGGAAGGUGAAGUAGAUCCAGAGCCAAUUUAUGUCCCAACACCAUCCGUUAUUGAACCAGUUAAAUCUAUGGUACUGCCCAACCCAGAAGUGUGGCUUCCUAGUAAGAACAGACCUUCCAGUGGAACAAAACCAGGCAGAAUAUAUACUCCUAGACCCAAUCCCGUGAUUCGAGAGGAGGACAAGGAUCCUGUCUACGUGUACUUUGAAAGUUUAAUGACUUGUGCAAGGGUGCGAGCCUAUGAACACAGGAGAGAGGAAAAAAAGCAGCAAAAAGACAAAAGUGAUUCACAGAGUUGUAGUGUAAAGCAGGAGCAUGAACCAGAGCUUCAGUCUCCUGAGAAGGCAACCUGUGAGGUAGACAAAGACAAAGACAAAGACAAAGACAAAGACAAAGACAAAGACACAUCAAGAGAGAAAAGCUCGUGUUCUUCCCGUAGUGAGGGGGACUCUUUCUCCACCUCCUAUGUUCAUCACACCACUCAAGGUGAACCAACCAAACUUAUCGAGAUUAUCUCUGACUGCAACUUGGAGGAAGAUCACAAUAAGAUCUUGACCAUCUUAUCACAGCAUAUCAACAAUAACACGCCACAGUGCCUCAAAGUGGGUAGCUUCAUUAUUGAAUUGGCUUCGGAAUACAAGGCCCAGGAUGAGAACCAUCCUUCUGUCAGCUCCUCCAGAGUGAAAAUUUCAGUGCCGUCCUACCAGGACAAGGAGGAGAAGCCUGAGAUCCCUGUCUUGGAGACUCCUGAUAGCACAGUGGCAUCAUGCAGUAACUCAGAAAAUAUAAAGGUCAUGCGGGCAGACCCAGUGGACAAACUGCGGGAGAAGCUGCAUGGGGGCAAAGGCUUGCCUUUUUCUGCAGGGGUUUCUCCUGCGGGAAAGCUGGUUGUCUACAAAUGCAAUGCUAAUACGAGCCCCUCGGGCUCGAUUCAGGUUAAUGAUAAAAGGUAUCCUCAGGCCAAACUGCUUUUGGGACAGAUGGGGGCAUUACAUCCUGCCAAUCGGCUAGCAGCUUAUAUCACAGGCAGGCUGCAGCCCACAGUACUUGAUAUCGCAGCCCUCAGUACUGUGAUCUCCAAGGUAGCACCCAGUGCUAAAACUCCUGCUUCUGGGACACCAUCAGUCCAGGGGCCCACAACAUCAGCUACUAAAACUACAUCUUCCACCAGCACUACUUCAACCCCCACUGUGACGACUCUGAAAACCCAUGCCCCAGCACAGAGACAGAUAGCUACCCGACCCUCACCUGGUGGUGUGUUUGCCCAGUUUGUGAUAAACAAAUCGGGAGCUCUACAGCAGAAGAUUCCUGGAGCGAGCACACGCCAAGCUGCCUCAGGGCGACAGUUACUCAGUAUCAAGCCCACACCGAUCACGGUUAUUGCUCCCGUGGUUCCUUCAACGCCAUCUCCAGCUCUGUGCACAGUCUGUCCUGCGGUCACUGCAGCCACCACCACUUCUCCAGUUACUGUGGAAAGUACCAGUGUAGCAGCAUCUACUGUGACCACUCCUUGCCAGACAAAAGCUGGUGAACCUCCCUGCUCUCCUCCUGCAAUUGCAGUUACAACUGCUCCUGCAACACCUGGAAUCAGCACCUGUACUACUCCAUCCACCACUCCUCCUGCUACUGUGAGCACAACAAAAACAACAGGGAUUGUCGCAGCAGUAGCAACUACGUCAUUCCCAAAAACUGUAGUAACACCACCAACCGUUACUUGUGCUGUUGUCACAACAUCCACUUCCACAGUUGUACUGACAACAGCUGCAGCAGCUACACCUGUGGUGACCACACUGACUUCCUCUGCUGUCUCUGUUCCAGUGAUACUAUCAGGAGUUAAUUCAAGUCCUCCACAGAAUCCAAAAAGAGAAGAUACUAUUCCACAAGCUGCAAGUAAGACUCCCCCAAAGAUAGCUCCUGGAACAGACAAACGUGUUGGGCCUCGAUUGCUGCUGAUUCCAGUGCACCAGACAGCCUCUGCUCUGCGACCGCUGAACACGCAGGUGGCACAGAGGCAGAAGAUGGUCCUUCAGCCUCUGAGGAGCCCUGGGGCUGUGAACCUCUUCAGACAUCCCAAUGGGCAGAUCAUUCAGCUUGUUCCCCUGCAGCAGGUUCGAACUGCGGGUGCUCAGCCCAGUGUGCAGCCAGUGGUGCUCCGCAAUCCAGGAUCUAUUGUAGGGAUCCGGUUGCCUGCACCUUCCAAGCCUCCUGAAUCACCUGUUUCUCCCACUUCUUCUGUGUCUUCCACUUCUCCUGCUGCAAAUUCAGCUGUACAAACUGCAGUACCCAAGUUGUCCCCUCCAUCCAACCCAGCCACUCAAGCAUCUUCUCUACUUCCUUCAGUAACAAGUUUUGUGUCACAGGCAGGCACUCUGACUCUUAGGAUCUCUUCCUCUGCUGUCAGCAGUGUCACAAACCAAACAGCCUCCGAGUCUAAAAUAACCUGCAGCUCGGGUGGUCUGUCAGCCACCACUGCUAAUCUCAUACCUUUACAGUCUGGAAAUUUUGCUUUACUUCAGCUCCCAGGACAGAAGACUGUACCAAACUCUAUUCUUCAUCAUUUUGCAUCUCUUCAGAUGAAGAAGGACUACAGGAAAAUAUGCAAGAAAGAGGACUCAGGUGCUGCUCAGCAGAAGGAGAAUGGGAAGACUCCAAGCUCAAGUGACACGGAAGUUACAGAGUCUGGUGUCACAGUGCCACAUGGGAAACAAGAAGAAAAUGAGUUGUCAGUUAACCAGUCAAAUGCUAUUGAAGGGUCAGCAUCUGGCACAGUCACACCUAGCAGUGAUAGAAAUUCCACUACAUUAGAGAUAGUGGAGAAGAACUCGAAGGUGCUAGAGAGUUCUUGUGAUGACAGCUUUCCUCCUCAGCAAGAUGUUUCUGCUUAUGUCAUAUCAUCUGACCAUUCGUACAUCAGUGAGAAGCCAAAUGAUGAGGAAGAAAAAGGGGCUUCAGAAGAGAAAGAGGAUUCUGUCAGUUCUGAAACUGUUGUGGAGGCAGUUUCAGCUAACUCUGUUUGUGGGUCAUCAGAUGAGUCUUCAGUUGCUCCCCUGGAUAAUGCACAUUCACAGAUUCUUGAGAAUCGGGAGACUGCACAGUUGAAGAACCAUGGGCAGAAACAAACAAAUGCUGAAUGGGAGGAGAAACCAAUAAAAGUUGAGGAGGAAGAUGCUCAGACACAGAUGGACGAGGACAACACAGCAAGUUCUGGGCAGCUACACAGUCAACAAGAUCAAGAUAUACAGGUGAAGAUCAAGGAGGAAGAAAGUGAGACUGAACUGUUUGAGAACAAACAGGAAUUCCAGGGUGAUGCUGCACAGCCAGAUGUGGAAAGGAGGGAGUACAAGGGCUCUGUAGAAGUAGAAAAUGUAGGUGAGAAAACAAGAAGUAGGUCUGAAAUUGGUUCUGCAAAAGAAUGGGAUAAUGCUUCAGGAGAAGAGCAUACAGUUGAUAGGGAGGAAGGCAAAAGAAACAUAGCUAGGCAGGAAGGCAGUGACAGCAAAGAGCAAGGUGCUUGUGAUUCUGUGGAAGAAAUUAAAACAGGCCAUGAUAUUCUAACACAUGUUAACAGUUCUUGGAGCAAAAUAUCUAGCAUUGUACCCCCUUUAGAAAAUAGAAGUGAAGUAGAUAACAAAGCUGAUACAUCAGAGAAAAGUGACUUCCUGACAGCACCAGAACAGAGAGCACACAAAAAAGGUUACAUGCCCACUAUUGAUAUAACUUCUGAUGAUAUGGAAGAGGAUGAAGACGAAGAUGAGGAGGAGGAGGAAGAAGAGGAUGAAAAAACUGAUGAUUCUGCUGAUGAGAUGCUGGAUGGUGCUUCUGACUUCCCAAGUGAAGAGGAAAUUGAUGUUGAAAAAGUGGAUGCGUGUGAAUACAGAGAGGAUGACGAGCAGGUGGACAUUGAGACCGUGGAGGAGCUUUCAGAGAAGAUUAACAUUGCCCGUCUGAAGGCCACAGCUGCUCAUAUCGAUCCCUCCGACCAGAAAUACCAUCCUCGUAAUUCUUCGGAUGAAACAUUAUCAGAAAAACAUUCAAAGAAGCAUCAGACCUGGAAAAGAAAGCUGAAGUCCCACGCUGAAGCCUUUGCUCAUUAUCGUCAGACGCACACGGCAAAUGAACGUCGGCGACGUAAUGAAAUUAGAGGUCUCUUUGACAAGUUGAAGAAAGUUUUGGGGCUGCUGAACCUUCCCAAGGUCUCCAAAUGCUACAUUCUCAAGCAGGCCUUUGAGGAAAUCCAAGGACUGACAGAUCAGGCAGAUAAGUUUAUUGGACAGAAGACGUUACUGACACGCAAACGAGAUGGUCUGAUCCGAAAAGUAUCCACGCUUUCAGGAAAGACAGAAGAGGUUGUCCUGAAGAAGCUGGAAUAUAUUUAUGCUAAACAAAAAGCAACAGAAGCACAAAAAAAGAAGAAAGAACCUGAGCCACAGAAAUCAGCUGCACCCUCCACUGCUAGCACCCAGCAAGAAGGAUCCUCUGCUGCCCCCAGAGAGCCAACCCUGAUACCAAUGACCAGCAGAAGGGGCAAGCCAUUGAUACUUGCCAGGAGAGGAGUCCGGGCCACAGACGACUCCUCAGCCUCUGUCACGCUGACGGCUGCAAGCGUAGUGAUGACUCCACAGGGGCAGGUGCUUACGCUGAAGAGCCCCCUGGUCCCAGGGCAGGUGGCAGCUGUUCCUUCCACGCUGCUGCAGGCUGAAUUAAAGCCUCGAGGGGUUGGUACUACCAUGACAACACAGCCAGCGCCCUCAACAGUGGUAUCAGCUACAGCACCCCAUUCAGAAAGUGAAGAUUCAUUCAUGAUGCCAAAGAUUGUUAAUGUAACAUCACUGGCUGCUGAAGCAGGCAUGAAUCUAAACCUGAACCGAAACAAAAAUUGUAAUGCAACAGCAGCUGCAGGUACUCCAGCUUCUGAACAAUCCUUGGCUGCAGCACCCCUUGAAACUACAAAUAGUGACAAUGUCCUUUCAGAAGAAAAAGCCAAACCAUGUCUGGGAGACAGUGGUGGAGAUGGAAGAAAUACCACAGGUCCAAAGAAAGUUUUCUUUGAAAAUAAAGAUGCCCUUCCACAGCUCUGGAACGUAUCAUGUACAAAGGAACCUCCUUCAGCAAAGGAGUCCUUCAGCAAAAAGCUCUGCAUUGGUGAGUUUGCAGGAAGCCAAACCAGGAGGAAAGAUGGUGAUUCUGGAGGGGAAAGAUUAAAAUCCAAAGAAUUGUCAUUCCGCAAGCUGCAGAUCAAAGAUUCCAGGAUAGAAAUGGAAUUGAGGAAAGUAGCAUCGGCAAUGGAGGAAGCAGACCUGGAUACAAGUGAGAUACUGAGCAGCAUUGAGGAGAGUGAUGACACCGAUGAAACCCUCACUUCGCUGCUCAAUGAAAUUACCUUCCUCAACCAGCAGCUGAACGAUGAUGCCUCAGCCAUGUCUGAGCUGCCUGGUGCCCUCAGCUCAGAUUUCUCUCAUAAAGAUGCAGAAGCUCGUCGGGGAACAGCCAAUGAUCUCUUGGCUGCAGAUGGGUCUUCCUUCCAGUUUGGCCAUUUAGGAGGCAGUUUUAAGGAGCUUUCUGAAGUUCCAGGAGGUGGUGGCUCUUUAAGCCCCCUCCUGCUGCACCUGGAAGAUGAUGACCUUAAUGAUGGGGACAAGAACUCUGGGGAGCCUUCAUCUGAGGCAGAUGUUUUAAAGAUAGUGAUAGGUACUGAAAUGAAGAAUCCACUUUCCAAUCUGUCUGUAACCAGUGGUGGGAAUGGUAAAACAGUAACAACCUUGUCAGAUGCCACUAAUGUGACUCCACCAGUUUUGCAGAUGAAGACUAAUCCAGAAGCCAGUAAUGCUGACAAGUCAUGGAGGCCCAUGCCAAAGCUAGCACCACUUGGUUUAAAAGUGGCAAGUGUGCCAGUGGACUCAGAAGGGCAGAGUAAUAAAGUGAUGCCCUUACUGGCACCUGUAGUUGCAAAACUGGCAUCUAGUGGGGUAAAAAAUUCAUUACCUGCAACUCUUCAAGAAGGACAAGAUAACAAAGCAAUGCCCACAUUAGCCCCUCUGGUUGUGAAGUUGAAUACUACUGGGACCUUGCCUUCAAGUUCAGCAGGCAAAUAAGUGCAGAUGUUUUUUAUCGGACUGGAGCAGAGAUCUAGAGCAGUGUGGCCAGUGUCAUUGUUCAGCAGCCUCCAUUGUCUGCAACACUUGUUUUCUGUAUAGCAUCAGUACUGUGUUCAUCUGAGGGGCAGGCCCCAAAUUGUCAAGUAAGUGUUAGGAAACGUUAAGCAUGUUGAUGUACUUUUACCUCACUGUUGUAUUCUGGGUGUUCUCCUUUCCCUUCUCAAGACAACAAAGAUGAUCUGUAACCAUUGCUGGGCACAUGGUACCCUUCCAAAAUUGGGUUCUUCACAGAAAUAGUUUAUCAAGGGACUGAGAAACUGAGGCUGUUGAAAGAGAUUUUUUUUCUCUCCCCAAUAGGGAGGCAGCUGUCUUGUUGGGGAAAAAAAAAAUACUAUCUGUUUUUGUACCAGGCAAAUUAUCUAUGCAGAAAUGGCAUUGUUCAUAUUUGCUUGUUUUAAUAUUUGCAGAAUAUGAUAAGUAUGCAGAAAUCAGGUUAUAGUUACUCCCAAAGUUGAUACCUAGAGCAGCAGAAGAGAAAUCUGAGACUGCAGAGGGCUGAAGUGAAAAGGUUUUUUCUUUGGUGCUAGAUAGUUCUCUAGCAGAGACUUUUUAGGAGCUUAUGCACAGAAAAUUGUAAUAAACACUUAUAACUCUCAUUGCUGGGGAAGAAAAACACAUUUCCUAAUGUAAUUAGAAGGAGGACAGUAUUAAUAAUACUGAAAUUAGAAAAUUAGUAUUAAUAAUACUGUUCUCACUCCCACCUCCUGCCCUCACACAAAUACUUCCCCCUCUGAUGCUUAGGACAUCCGUAAGGAAAAAUUGCAGAUAGUUGAAAGAAAAUGUACACCCUAUUGCUCUGUCUUUAAAUAUAUUGCUGAAGUAGCUCGAGUGUUUUCCCAGGUCCUAUUUUCUUUCCUUCUGUCAUUCUUCAAGAUGUUUGUGGUGGCUGGGAAUGUUAAUAUCAAGUGUUGCUUUGUGAAAACACAGAAUGCUUUCAGGAGUCUUGUAGCCUGGCAUUAGUGAGCGAGGUGUACAUGUGAAUGUAAAUAUGAAAAUACGUGUAUAGCUUUCCAAACCUUUCAUUUCUUUAUAAAUUCAGGAAAGGUACUCAGAGGUUUCUCACUGCAUUUGCACAAGCUGUGUAUAGCAAAAAAGUCAACAAAAAUGCUCAUUACCAGGGAAAUAGGGCAGUAUUGAAUCACAAGAUGUAUUUUUUAUUCUUCUCUGCCACUGCUUACUCAAUAACCUGUAGAUGCUCUUCACUCUUCAGCUGUUGAACUGUGAGGGGCCUGCAGACUGUAAAGAUAUUUAUAUUUUUGUACACAAUUUCUGUUUUCAUAGUUUUCUUGACAAAUGAAGUUUUCAGCCUCAGAGAGAUGAUUUGUUAAUGAGUAUACACAAUCUUUUCCUAUCAAGUUUGUAAAUAUAAGUUACGGUGCGCUUGGGGAGCUUCUUAACUACUCCAAAACGGUAAAAAAUGUUGCCAUGAAAAUUGAAAAUCAUACAGAAUUUCGAUGGUGCAUUUUGUUUUAUGUUUAGGAAUGUAAUUUCAUGUCUUAACUGUUCCAGCAACAGCAGCUGGGAUUACCCCCUGCCCUCCAAAUUGCCCAUCUUCGGUGAUGCAGUAAUCCAGGAAUUUCAUGCUUCCAGCACUGAGGUUGUGCAGGUGUUGCGAGUGAUGUUCUUCCACAGUGAGGGAGCAGUGUUUGUACAACCAUAGCCCUGUUCAGUACCCUGCAUCUUCUGGAUCCAUGUCUAGGUUAGAUCCAUCAGGGAAUAAACAUACCUUGUGUGUUUCCUCAGUAUUUUUAUUAUUUAUAUUAUGCCACAGAGGAGAGAAGCCCUUCAAGCUCAGUGUGUGUAAAGUUACUCCAGAGACUACGUUAAAAAAGAUUUUUCACCUGGCCAUUCUAAACAGUGUGUUUUAAAGUAGUUACAUACAACUCUCUAUUGCCUUUUGCAUAUUUACUAUUUUAAUAUUUCAUACAAGUCUAGUAUUAGUGAUUUGGAAAAGAGAGUUUAGGUCAUUAGAAGAGUCCUGCAGAGUCUUAGAGUUGUCACUUAAUGCCUUAGGAAAGGGGAUUUACAAUCCUAGUAAGUACUUAGACAAAUGUUGCUUAUUAUUAAGGAUUUUAACCUUUUUUUAGACUAGUAGAAACAAACGUUGCUUAUUAUUAAGGAUUUUAACCUUAUUUUAAACUAGUAGAAACAAAUGUUGCUCCUUCUUAAGGAUUUAAACCUUAUUUUAAAUUAGUAGAAACAAAUGCUGCUUCUUCUUAAGGAUUUAAACCUUAUUUUAAACUAGUAGAAAAAAUGUUGCUUCUUCUAAAGGAUUUAAACAUUAUUUUAAAUUAGUAGAAACAAAUGCUGCUUCUUCUUAAGGAUUUAAACCUUAUUUUAAACUAGUAGAAAAAAAUGCUGCUUCUUCUUAAGGAUUUAAACCUUAUUUUAAACUAGUAGAAACAAAUGCUGCUUCUUCUUAAGGAUUUAAACCUUAUUUUAAACUAGUAGAAACAAUUGUUGCUUAUUAUUAAGGAUUUAAACCUUAUUUUAAACUAGUAGAAAUCUGGAGUAACUAAAUUAUUUUACUAGCAAUACUAGACUCAAAUUUAUUUACCUGGGAAUCUGGUUCUGAGUAUUUCCAAUAGGCUGAAAUUGCUUAUUGUUUUAACUUGUAGUCGUUUGUUUUUUCAAUAGAUUUCAUUCCUCCUGUGUGAGAAACAGCAGCAAGACUUGUGCUGUGAUUACUUUUAAAUUCCUAAUCACUAACCCUUGUUUCUGCACCUCACUUUUUUAUGUUUCCCAACAGCCAGUUUUAAUUAGCACAUGGAAUUGUGUGUUCUCUGUGGGACAGAGAGGCUAUAACAUGAUAACUGAUCACACAUGAUCUAAAAGAAAUAAUGUACAUUUGAGGAUGUUCUGUUUAUUAUCUGGGAGUAUAAAAUUUCUGUGUGUGAAUUACUGUUUGACACUGGGCAGUAAAAAAAAAUUUACUGCAGUAAAAAUGUAAUGAUGUCAAGAUGACAGCAAAACCUUUUGGUCCCUAAAUGUUACUGGUAAAUUAACUAAGAACAGCCCCCCAGUCUGUCUGUAAAAGGUGGCAUUUGGUGUGGUUCCGAGAAAGAUCUUUGAUGGGUUCUACCAGCCAACAAAGCAUGUUUGAAAUGCUCUUGGGUUUUGCUCGUGUCACUGUCUUGUGUCUGCAGCACAUUAUUUUGCUAUGAAUUUAAAUGUUGACUCUUUGCUCUUCCCUUAAGCUCCCAACCAUUUUAAAAAUUACACAUGCUGUCAUUUGAGGCAAUAAUCAUAGAAUAUAACACUUCAUGAGAAGAUUCUGGAAACAGGAGAAACAAGGAAACCCCUGCAAGGUGCACGCUCUUGCUUGACCAAGAGACCUGGAGAUUUUCUUUGUUUUUUUACACAUCUGUAAAUAGACUGGAAUGUUUUUAAGAAUAUAAUGAAAUGUCAGAUUUAGCUUUUUUCCUUUUAUAUAUUAAAAUAUAUCUUUCCCUCUUUUUUGCUUUUGGAAAAUUGAUAUUUUUGUAGAAAUCUAACAGUACAAGACUCUUAACUGUAUGUGAGAGACAAAGUGUAAAACUAAAAUAAACCAAUCAAGGUCAAC